AAAAAAAAAAGGGCAGCCAUCCACCCGAGCGCAGCCGAGUGAUUCCGGAAUUUUUCGAUAGGGGAAAAAAAAGGGCCGCCAUCCACCCGCCCCUUCCUCCGCCUUGUUCUCCUCCAGCACCCAGCCCUCAGUCCUCCUCCCCCCUUUUGCCCAGCUUCGCUAACAGCUCCCCGGCAGCAGCAGCAGCAGCAGGAACGCACACCCAGACAGCUGCGACUGACUCUCAACCGCGGGAGCAAAGAUGGAGCACAGGGACGCCGACUUCAACAUCCUGCUAGCGACAGACUCCUACAAGGUGACACAUUACAAACAGUAUCCCCCCAACACGAGUAAAGUCUAUUCCUACUUUGAGUGCCGCGAGAAGAAGACGGAUCCCGGGAAAAACAGGAAGGUCAAAUAUGAGAAGACAGUGUUCUAUGGCCUACAGUACGUCCUGCACAAAUACCUUAAAGGAAAGGUCAUCACUCCAGAGAAGAUCCAGGAGGCAAAGGAAGUUUACCGGGAACACUUCCAGGAUGAUGUUUUUAACGAGAAAGGCUGGAACUACAUUUUGGAAAAAUACAGCGGACACCUGCCUAUAGAAAUCAAGGCGGUGCCGGAAGGGAGCGUCAUUCCUCGAGGCAACGUCCUGUUCACGGUGGAGAGCACAGAUCCUGACUGCUACUGGCUCACCAACUGGGUGGAGACCAUCCUGGUGCAGAUCUGGUACCCCGUCACAGUGGCAACCAACUCCAGGGAGCAGAAGAAGAUCCUCGCCAAGUAUCUGCUGGAGACAUCCGGGAACUUGAAGGGACUGGAGUACAAACUCCACGACUUUGGCUACCGGGGUGUCUCCUCACAAGAGACUGCAGGCAUUGGUGCCUCUGCUCACUUGGUCAAUUUCAAGGGCACAGACACAGUCGCCGGCAUCGGAGUCAUUAAGAAGUACUACGGCACCAAGGACCCGGUACCUGGCUUCUCUGUACCUGCUGCAGAACACAGCACCAUCACUGCGUGGGGCAAGGACCACGAAAAAGAUGCCUUCGAGCACAUCAUCAAGCAGUACCCCAACGUGCCCGUCUCCAUCGUCAGCGACAGCUACGACAUCUACAAUGCCUGCGAGAAGAUCUGGGGCGAAGACCUCCGCGGGCUCAUCGAGAAGCGCAGCGCUGACGCUCCACUCGUCGUGCGGCCCGACUCAGGGAAUCCACUGGAUACAGUAUUGAAGGUUUUGGAGAUCCUGGGUAGGAAGUUCCCCUAUGUGGAAAACUCUCAAGGCUAUAAGGUGCUGCCUCCUUAUAUCCGAGUCAUCCAAGGAGAUGGUGUGGACAUUAAUACACUACAGGAGGUAGUGGAGGGCAUGAAGCAGCACAAGUGGUCUGUCGAGAACGUUUCCUUCGGCUCCGGAGGGGCUCUGCUGCAGAAACUGACCCGAGAUCUGCUCAACUGCUCCUUUAAAUGCAGCUACGUGGUCACCAAUGGACUCGGGGUGAACGUGUUCAAGGACCCCGUGGCAGACCCCAACAAGAGGUCUAAGAAAGGUCGGCUAUCUCUGCACCGGACUCAAAGCGGGCAGUUUGUCACUCUGGAGGAGGGCAAAGGUGACCUGGAGGAGUAUGGCGUGGACCUGCUGCACACGGUCUUCCACAACGGCAAGAUUGUGAAGACGUACACGUUCGACCAAAUCAGAGACAAUGCCAAACUCAAGGAGAGCGAGCUCGACGAGCUGCUGCACUGAGCACGCCGGUAAAGUCGGUAACCAAUGAAUGAAUGAAUUUCCCUCUCCUUCCUUCAACCAUUCACCUCUUGGCCUCUGUGACGUCAAACCCCUUCAAAAUGGAGGUCACGUGCACUGAUAUUACUCUUCCUCCCUUGAAAUAUACUGUGACUUCUUUUAAAAAUGAAAAUGUUUGUUCACUAAGAGCCGGAGUGGGGGAUGAUGUGAAAGAAAAAAGAAGAAGAAAGAGAGCUAGCUAAACUGGAUGACGUGAUUGGCUGAGAGCGUUGUCUCUUUUGUCAUGGAGACUACCAAGUGAAGGCAUUUACCAUAUGAAGACACGCCCCUUAGAAUCAUUUCUUUUAAUAACCAAGUUAUUGUUAAAGAAAAAGGCCAAACUCUUUAUCAACUGGUGUCUGAAUGUUUUGCACUAUUAAAAGAAAAAAGUGUAUCCAGGAAGGUGCAGGACGGCCAUUUUGUCCCUUAUAAAGCAUUCCCCUCAUGUAAACACACAGUGCUCUCCAAAUACCACCAAGAUGGAGAAGGAACGCAUCGCACAAACUAUCUUCACUGGAAUGAAGAGGAUUCAAUUAAUUAGUGUGUGUGUUUGUGUGUGUGUGUUGGGUGAUAUUCCAUUAGGCAAAUUGGAAGUCUGGGAUUGGAUGCUUCUUUUUCCACUUGCAAGGUAUUUCCUGCAGAGGUUUUGGAUUUUUCUCCCCUGGCGGUUUUGUUCGGCAUCACCGCCUUAACUUUUACCACAAAAAAGGCGUACAACAGGGGUGUCCAAAGUGCGGAAAACGUAUUUGACGCCCCUGAUUAUUGUACAAGUUGAUGACAUCACAGGUGUGAGCGUGAAGCGCGUGACCAGCUAACUGACAGCUGUAGAAUUAUUAUUUUUUCUCCAUCUAAUAGAAACUUAUUUUCAAUCAUCAUAUUUUUUCAUAUAUAUUAUUAAAAUGUUAUGUAUUUUUUAAACAACCAAAAACAUUACUUUUCUGUUUCAGUGCAUUAGUUGACACCAAAUUGUAAUGAGAGCACCCGUGUGCCUUUUGUGCCAUUCCAACCAAUACAAACUUGGUUAUAUUAUUAUUAUUAUUUUUAUUACUGUCAUUUCUAACAUAUUUUACAGGCUGUCCAAAGUGCGUCCAGCUGCUUAUAUUAUUUACGACUUUACAUAAAUCCAACUGCAACAGCAGCAAAAAGGUAGAAAUAAUCCGAUGUACAGUACAGACCAAAACUUUGGACACACCUUUUCCUCAUUCAAUGCGUUUUCUUUAUUUUCAUGACUGUUUACAAAACUAUGAAUGAACACAUGUGGAGUUAUGUGCUUAACAAAAAAAAAAAGGUGAAAUAACUGAAAACAUGUUUUGUAUUGUAGUUUCUUCAAAAUAGCCACCCUUUGCUCUGAGUACUGCUUUGCACACUCUUGGCAUUCUCUCCAUGAGCUUCAAGAGGUAGUCACCUGAAAGGGUUUUCCCUUCACAGGUGUGCUUAUAAUAAUAAUAAUAAUAAUAAUAAUAGAUUUUAUUUGUAAAAAGCACCUUACGUUGAGUAAACAAGUGUUUUUCAACCUUUUCUGAGCCAAGGCACAUUUUUUUCAUUAAAAAAAUUUCGAGGCACACCACGAGCAGAAAACAUUAAAAAAUGAAACUCAGCAGCCAAUAUUGACAAUAAAAAGUUAUUCUCGCAAUUGUUGGAUAUUCAAACCAUAACCAACCAUGCUUCAUUAUAGCUCUUGUCUCAAAGUAGGUGUACUGUCAUGACCUGUCACAUCACACCGUGACUUAUUUGGAGUUUUUUGGUGUUUUUGUUCUUGUCUUGCGCUCCUAUUCUGAUGUUCAUUGUCAUGUCAUGUACGGAUGUAUUUUGUGGACGCCAUCUGCGGCUCCACACGCUGUAAGUCUUUGCUGUCGUCCAGCAAUCUGUCAACAACAACACAUCAUUUGCAGACUAUAAUUGCUGGUUUGCAAAAAAAUAUUUUUUUAACCCAAUUAGGUGAAAUUACAUAAUCUCCCACGGCACACCAGACAAUAUCUCACGGUACAUUAGUGUGCCGCGGCACAGUGGUUGAAAAACACUCGAGUAAACAACCUCAAAGUGCUACAGUGUAUUAAAAAAAAAAAAAGAUAAUAAAAAUAAAUCAAAAUAAAAACUAGAACAGCCUAAUAGCUAGAACUAGUAUGCAUAUAUCUUUUAAAAAAAAAAAAAAAAAAAAAGUGUAUUUAAGCCUUUUUUGAAAGCAUCAACAGUCUGUGGUGCCCUCAGGUGGUCAGGGAGAGCGUUCCACAGACUGGGAGCGGCGGAGCAGAAAGCCCGGUCUCCCAUUGUUCGCUUGAAGCUCAUCGAGAGAAUGCCAAGAGUGUGCAUAAAGAAAACGCAUUGAAUGAGGAGAAGGUGUGUCCAAGCUUUUGGCCUGUACUGUAUGCUGGGUCUGGAUUAGUUCUUGCCUCACCCCUUCACUUAAAGCGUGAGAUGAUGCAGUAUUAUGUGCUCACGGAUGCCACCUGGUGGUUGUUUGAGUCCUGGACACACGAGCCCAACCCCCACUCCUUCAUGCUUUAGUCACACGCAGGAUUCUCACAAGUACAAAUCCAUCCAGACCCACUGUAUCGUGCUAUGAAUAACCUUCCAGCCUGUUUGUAGAAUAACCAAGCAGUCUAUAGUUGGCACUAGCGCAGCCCGCCUGUGAUGUCACCUCCUCUGACCGUCACACUCCAUUCUCGGCGACCCCAAGUAGCGUCACACUGUUCAAAUCACUUCAGUUUCCUACUGAAGACACUUUGUUUUUGUAGUCCAGUGUUAAAAUUGUAUCACUUUGAUACCGUUUGUGUUUUUACCUCAGUUGCAAAUACUUUUUGUACAUUGCAGUUCUUGACGAAAUCAAGCGGCCAUACUGCCUUUCUCCACGUGGCUACUUUGACUAAAAGCAGACGAGGGAGAAAAAAACCACACCUUUUUCUCCUCUCUGUUUUCUACCAAUAAAAUAUCCACAUCCGCUCGAUUGAUUGGACGUGUUUGAGAGUGCGUGUGUUGUAUUCAGGAGGAUGAUUGUUCUUUCUUUCCUAUACGUGUUGUUGACUUCCUGCUGUGUAUAUGUUGGUCGUCCCGGAUUCUCACCGACGCAUUUAAACCUCGCUAUCUUGUCGACAACACAGACGCCACCUGUCAGUUUGUCAUUGGUCUGUGUGGCUGUAAUUGUACACAACAUCACAUCUUCAAAUACUAAAUACACUGAAGUGGACAUUAUUUUCCA